GUCAUUGUAAAGAAUAACUUCGCCAUUUUGUAGGUGUAUGAACUCAAAAUAUCGAAAUUGAAUUGGAUGUAUUUUUGUCAAAAUUUACUUUUCAUAACAUUUAUAUCUGAGGAUUAUUCACAUGGCUGCCGGAGGAACUGGAAGCGCCAAGAGCUUUAACUUUAAAGUGGUUUUGCUCGGCGAAGGCGCAGUUGGCAAGACUUCCGUAGUUCUGCGCUACGUCGAGAAUAAAUUCAACGAAAAACAUAUAUCAACGUUACAGGCAUCAUUUCUCACAAAGAAGUUAAACAUUGGUGGGAAAAGAGUUAAUUUAGCAAUAUGGGACACGGCUGGUCAGGAAAGAUUUCAUGCAUUGGGACCUAUCUAUUAUAGAGACAGCAAUGGAGCAAUUUUAGUUUAUGAUAUCACAGACGAAGAUUCAUUUCAAAAGGUUAAAAAUUGGGUCAAAGAAUUGAGAAAAAUGUUAGGAAAUGAUAUUGCAUUGUGUAUAGCAGGCAAUAAAAUAGAUUUAGAAAAAGAAAGGCAUGUUCCAGUUGCUGAUGCAGAAUCAUAUGCAGCAUCAGUAGGGGCUAAACAUUUUCAUACUACAGCUAAACUAAAUAAAGGAAUUGAAGAAAUGUUUCUUGAUCUUAGUAAAAGAAUGAUUGAAAGACAGUCAGAAGAUACACAUAAAAGCACGACAACAUCACGAUCAAAUCGCACUAAAACAGUGACAAUAGUUGAUGAUGAACCUGAACAACCAAGUGGUGGGGGAUGUUGUGGAUCUUCCUGAUUAUUUACUCAGAUAUUGUAGUAUUUGUGAAUGUAAGCUAUUUUAAAUCAAACUGAAUAUUGACACUAUGUAAUUUAUUGUCUAUUCAUCUUGCCUUUGUCCUGCAUUGCUGCCAGUUGCAUGUUGGGAUAGCUAGAGUAGUUAUAUUCUCCUUGAUGACACAUCAAUUCAGACCAUUUUAAUAUUUACAUAACUUUAUAAUAAAGAUUGCUACUGAGUGUCUUGCAUACCAUGACUCGACUGAGGACAUACAGUCUGCUGCCAUCUUGGAUAUGUUUUAGACUUUCCAUGGAUGAAUUUUGUUCAAAUUUUAUGGGUACAAUAUAUCUGCCACAUGGAUGUGCCUAUUCACACAAAAGUGUACAUACUUGCUGGGACCCCUCAUGAGUCAAAUUUCAGUUUUCAUAUCAUUUUGAAACAGCUAUUGAAUAAAAUGUACCAAGUCGAAGACUGUUUUCUUUCUUUCACGUGUCCAGUCCAUGUUGAUACAAAGCCACUACAUGAUGUCAUUCAUAUUUACGUCAAUUUCCAUUUGUAUUUAUUUAUUAUACAUGUAGCUGCCUUUCUCUUCCUUGUUUGGAUGUAAGUUCUAUAACUGGUAAUAUGUUCAUCCUUCAGUCGAAUACCCGCCAUGCUUGGACUUUUUUGUUCAAAGUUAAUAAAUAUAUCAUGUUUUUUUAUUUUAUGGCUUUUGAAUGACUGGUAACCUUUAUUGUCUUUCCCCCAAAAUAAAAACACAAAACAUAGACAAGCAUGGAUAAAUUUCAUUCAAACUUUUAUUAGAACUGCAUUCCCACUUUGUAUUAUAUGUAGAACACCUUUUAUGAUAUUGUGAUCACCAUGAGAAGUCAGUUGGUAUGGUCACAAAAUCCGAAAUAUUGUAGCACUGAAGCAAGCCUGCGCUGAAGGACAUGUUUUAUCACCAGUUUAAACAUAAUUGUCAUUGUUGUAUUUACUCAAGGCAAUUGACAUGUUUUUCAAAAAACUUUCAGAUUUCUCAUGAACUGUACAAAAUUCAAAGCCUUAUCAUGCUUGCAGGGGACAGUGAGAUGUUUUCAGAUCAUACAAAGUGGAAUGCAACUUUAAACAUGGAUGGUGGGUUUCAGAUGCACGUAAUUUUUUGUUUGUUUCAAGUGUCCUGACAUUCGUUGAUCAAUUUUGUUUGAAUUUGGUGAAAGACGAGACAUAUUGGUGAACACAUGCAGGUUAUUUGACUUUUCUUGUAUAUGAGUGAGUUCCAAUGAAAUGCAUUCAAAUAGCUGUAUUUGUCACUGUAGUCGCAAUACUUGUCAUGUGUGCUCAGUCGGUUUAUUUCACUGAAUAACAUAACAUAAUAUAACAUUUAUUUCCUGUAUGUAAUAUAAUGUCAACAUGUAAAUAAAUUGUCAUCUUACCCUCUAA